AGAGGAGCCUCAGCUGCUGUGAAGGGGCUGCGUCAAAGGGAAAGCUAUGAGUGAAGCAGGCCUCCCUCUCUCCUUCCACCUUCUCCUCCUCCUCCUCCUCCUCCCCCAAGGCCAGAGUAGUUGGGGGACGCCUAGGGAAGGAGAGAGCCCCUUGCGAGUGGAGCCCGAGCAGCCAGUGGUCCAAGUGGGAGGUUCCAUCCAGCUCCGGUGCUCUGUGGCUUGCCCCCAGGAGGAAGCCAUGGUGCAAUGGAAGGGGCUAGAUACAAGCCUGGGCCAUGUCUCCUCCGGGCCGGGCCUCAGCAUCCUGACCAUCCCCGAGGCCACUCUCUCCAUGGGUGGCAUCAAGGUGUGUAUCAGCACAUGCCAAGGCAGCACCUACCAGGCCACCGUAGAGCUGCUGGUGUACGCCUUCCCUGACAAAGUAGAAGUGUCCCCAAGCACCCUGGUCCCUGGGCAAGGCGUCACCCUGAUCUGCUCGGCCCGAGAGGUCUUCCCUUAUGACAGCCUGACGUUUGCCUGGUUCCGGGGUGAUGAGAAGGUGGAGGGGCUGCGCUCCUUGGACAGGGAUGUGGAGCCAGAGCAGGAAGCAGAGACCGGGGAAGAGCUGGACGUGUACUGGGUCACUGAGCGCUGGGCUCUGCCGGCAGAGCUGGCCACGCCGGGCCCUGAGCUCCGCUGCCUGGUGGAGAUGAAGUUUGAGCAGCAGGUUUUCAGCCACAGCCGGGCCAUAGCUGUUAUUUCCAGGAUGACAUCCCCAGACCCGAGCACCCCUCCGACAACGACCCCCAUUGUGGGGCUGGCUCCAGCCUCCUCAGAGGUCUCCACAGUACAGGCUUCCAGCACCAGCCUCCCUGACACCACAGCUUCCUCCCUGACAUUGGGCCCUGGGUCUUCACCAUCCCCUACCUCAAAACCCAGUUCUGGCCGUUCUUGUCUCCCUGACAUAUUUCUGUCCCGGGUUUCAGGGGUCCAUGGGGGGCCCCUGGAGCUAACAUGCCUGGCAGCUUGUGAAACUGAGACAUCUGUGCACUGGACGCAGGCCCCGGGCAGGUUGGCAGACUACCAGAGACAGGAGGAUGGUGCCCAAGCCACCUUACUCAUACUGUCUCCAGGGCCUUGGCACAGGGGCCUGUACCAGUGCCAGCUGGAGCCUGGGGGUCAGAAGGCCAGUUAUGACCUGACCAAGGAGAUCGUGCCUGAUCUGGACAACUCGGACAACUCAGCUGCCCUAUGGACAGGGGGCUGCGCGCUAGGGCUGAUCCUUGUCACCUUUGUGUCUUACCGCCUGUGGAGAUGGCUCAGAGCUAAGCACACUGCCUGGGCCCAAAGCCUCGGCCAGCCUUGAACACACCCUCUUUGCCACAGCCCUGGCUGAAUUGGAGGCCCUCGAUCUUGUCGGGUUCCAAGACUGGAGAGCGGGAUCCCUGGUCCCCUCGUGGGCCAGUGUAAGAAGUGGGGAGGCCACCCCCCAUCCUGAACCCCAGCCAUGAGGCAAGCCUGAGCCUCACCUUGCUCUGCCAACUGGACAAAGGGAAAACCAACCACCUGCCCCCCCCCCAGAACCCUGGGAACUGGCUCCAUUGGCUUUUCCCACAGCUACGUGGAAGGGGGGGUGCGGUCAUCACGGCUGGGUAAGGACACUUUGGGGAGGUCUACUCUCAGCUGUCUCCCAUCAGGCUCACUCACAUCAGCCAGCUCUUCUCUUGGGAUGGGGAUGGAGGGCAGGGGCAGGUGGGGGGAGGCCCUCCCAGUCACCCAAAGGAGCUGACUAAUAAAUUGCUCAUCUGCCUGUGGA